AUGCAGGAACACCAUAGUGUUCAGGCCAAUCCCAGUAAAAUACCGAAGUUGCAAGUUCGCAUAAACCAAAUUGAUUAUGCUGUCAUAACUCCAGGGCAACUUGAUAACUCCACCCUCCCAAAAGUUCCAGUCCUGAGGAUAUUCGGUUCUUCCUCAACUGGCCAGAGUGCAUGUGUUCAUGUACACCAGGUGUAUCCAUAUAUCUUCAUUCAAUAUUUAGAUGAUCUAAGUCCUCAGCAUGUAAAACAGUAUAUAUCUAAAUUAUUCCGUUCCUUGAAUCAUGCCAUAGCCCUUUCGCUCAAGAGAGACCCUUCGUCACGGAAAUCCCACUACAUUCGAGCCAUCUUGCUCGUUAAAGGCAUUCAUUUCUACGGAUUUCAUUCCUCAUACUCGCCAUUCCUCAAAAUCUUAGUUUCAGACCCUGGCCUCAUGACACGUGCUGUGACAAUCCUGCAAUCCGGAUCUGUAAUGGGUGCACGGUUUACUGUGUACGAGAGCCAUCUAAGUUAUGUCCUCCAAUUCCUUGCCGACUUCGGUUUAUAUGGAUGCGGUACAAUAGAUAUCGAAGACGCGUUAGAACGCGGAAUAUCUGAAGAUGAUCCUCCAACUACGAUAAGAUUUGGCGCGUCACCCUACUUUCGAGAAGCCCGUGUUCCACUUGAGCUCGAUGUUAUUGCUCCCCACAUUCUGAACAGGCACAAUCUAGUUCCAAGAAACAUACACCAUCAGCUGCAAAUAUUACCAGUGGCUGAGCCGCCACCGCCUGACCCUCUCAUUCCCAGUGUAAGGGAGCUCUGGGAAGACGAAAGAAAUCACCGCCGAAGUCUUGGCCUCAAUCCCUCACCGGAGAUUCCUGUUGACCCGAGCGACUCGUCGCGGUCAGGAAAAGGUGAAUGGAUAUCGGAAGCCAGGUGGUGGGAUGAGAUUCGUAAGAGAAUCCUAGAAGGCAAGGAUGCCCCCCAACCUACUGAAGCUUUUCAUGGUUGGGAUGAUCGCUUCGUUAUGACUACGUUUGAAAGUAUCGAAGCCUUGUGGGAAAAGCAGUAUACAACUUGGAAACCACCGAAAAGAUCAGCCGACCUACUUUAUAAACCUGAUGGUCUGGGACAGAAUCGCCGAGACCAGGAGUAUAACUUGGAAGACGGUGGAUCUGGAGACGACAAGCACAUCCAAAUUGAAGUUGACAUUUCUAUGUUUUCGAACGAAGAAUUUUAUCAGGAAGACGAACAAAACUGGAAUCCAGAACAACUGAAUGGAAUCUCUGCGAUAAUAGACAACGAGGAUAUAAUGGAAGAAAAUGAAUACGACGAAGUGCCAGACGACGGCUCCGACACAAUGGAAGAAAUUGUCCGCGACGAAAGGUCAAACGAUCCAUUUGUGGAUGAUCGUCCAGGGCAAGAAGGGAUAACCGAGUAUCGACUGGAGAGUCCCAGGCCUCCUCGAGAAUCGUCGCCUCAAGCUCUGGCAGAGUCUCCUAGCUUUGUCAACUCGGUACUAGAAGAAAAUCUCUCCGUAAAACCUCAGAAAUUCACUGAGGAACAUGCUUCCCAAAAUGAAGGCCUAUUACCCGAUUCUCUCGAGAUUGCUGACCAACUCAUAACCACUGUGAACUCGAAAGGCUUGCCUGACGAGGAUUGGAAUCGUGGCAUCAAGGGUGUCGACUCACCUAAGGAAAUCAUCUCUUUGGGUCCCGAAGAAACUUUGCCAGCAAUACCCAGUGCCGAGGAACGAUUUCUGUUGAUUCAUGCUCGAGCUGUCCAACUUUCAAAAAUACAUGACACAUUCAAAAAAGCAAGCACGAAUUCAUACGUUUAUUCACUCCAGCCUCCCACAUGGUCAUAUUUGCAGAGUGGUCUGCAGUCCCUCUGCUUGCCUGAUAAAGUAUAUCAAGCUCCUUACUAUUCUAACGACUUCGAUAUUCCGGAACAUAGUAGGGAAUAUGCAGGUCUCACUUACCGUCUCAAAGGGGGUCAAGGCAUUGCAACACUGGAGGACUGGUCAUCAACUGAACCUCACAAUGAACUUGUUUCAAAUGCGGCUUCAGGUCUCGUUGCAGCUGGAGUUGGUGGAUGGGAAUAUGCUAGUCAUCCCCCUAGCACAAAGGAAAUACGGCAAUCCAUCAAAUUGGUUCCUAAAUUCAUAGGUAUUGCAGCUAACUCUAGGUCUCAGAUUGAAGGACCCACUCAAGCCAAUAUCUUUGGGUUUAAAAACUCUCCACUCGUUACUACAUCAUUACUACGAAAAAGUUCAGAUUUGUCGAUCAUGUCAGUUGAGGUGUUCGUUCCUACAGUCGACGAUAAGAUACCCAAUGCGGAUCAUGAUAAAGUUGUCGCCAUUUUCUACUCUUAUCACAUAUCUGGAUCAGAAAGUAUACAGAAUGGUGUGAUGGUUCUCCAGAAUCCUCAGAUCAACCCAGCUCGACUUCGUCAUGUAAAAUACGAGGUUCUGGACACGGAACUCGAUCUUCUCAAUAAGCUAAUAGAUCUUGUCAUUGAACUUGAUCCAGACAUUCUUACGGGGUGGGAGUUACAACUAAGUUCCUGGGGUUAUUUACAAAUGCGCGCUGAUACUUACGGCUUAACCUUUUCGGAACUCAUUUCUCGUGCCCCUCCGCGGGAACCAGGUGCUUCUCUCGACCAAUGGAGUCUUAGAAAAACAUCGACUUUCAAAGUUGCUGGUCGACACGUGUUAAAUUUAUGGAGGAUUAUGCGUUCAGAAAAUAAUUUAACAAGCUACACCUUCGAAAACGUGGCGUUCGAAGUAUUGGGGAAACGGGUGCCGAAGUAUAGCUACAAAACUCUUACGGAGUGGUAUCAAAGCCCUGUUCCUUCGCAUACAUCUCUCCUAGUCAACCAUUUUUCUAUGAGAGCCUAUACCAACCUGGAACUUUUGGAAAGGACGGAAACUGUUACGAAGACCGCCGAGUUUGCUAGGGUGUUUGGAGUGGAUUUUUUUUCAGUCUUGAGCAGAGGCUCUCAAUUCAAAGUAGAGUCAUUCAUGUUUCGGAUAGCCAAACCUGAGAGUUUUGUUUUAAUUUCACCAAGCAAAACCGAUGUCGGUAAACAAAAUGCGGCUGAAUGCAUGCCCUUGAUUUUGGAGCCGGCCUCCGCAUUCUACUCUAGCCCUCUCCUAGUGCUUGAUUUUCAAUCGCUUUAUCCUUCCGUCAUGAUUGCCUACAACUAUUGCUAUUCAACUUGUCUUGGUCGAAUCACCAGCUUCCAGGGUACCUAUAAAUUUGGUGUGGUAAACAACUUGGAUAUACCCGCGGAAUUGAUUGAAAAAUUACAAGACCAUAUCAAUGUGGCUCCUAAUGGUAUGAUGUACGUUAAACCCAAUGUCAGGAAAGGUCUCCUCGGAAGAAUGCUUGUGGAGUUGUUGGAUACACGAGUCAUGGUGAAGCAGGCCAUGAAGCUCGUUGGUGGCGACAAAAUUACUCCCAAACUUCAGGCUCGAAAAAGGAUCUUGGACGCCCGUCAAUUGAGUCUGAAGUAUAUUGCUAACGUUACCUAUGGGUAUACGAGUGCGUCUUUUUCGGGCAGAAUGCCAGCUGUUGAGAUCGCCGACAGUAUUGUCCAAAGCGGAAGAGAAACGUUAGAAAAAGCGAUCGAUAUCAUUGACGGUACCUCAAGAUGGGGAGCAAAGGUGGUUUAUGGCGAUACGGAUAGCGUUUUCGUAUACCUUCCUGGCAAGACCAAGGAACAAGCAUUUGCCAUAGGGAAUGAAAUAGCUGAAACGAUCACGUCCAUGAACCCUGUACCAAUAAAACUGAAGUUUGAGAAGGCAUCUUGA